UGUGGCAGUGUGAGCAUUGUGCAGGCGGAUGUUGACAGGCCUGCUGCUGUGGCUGCUGUUGCCGCUAUCACGUUUCCACAUUUUGCUAGAACUUCCCUGCCACUCCAGAAACACUGUCCACAUCCGCAGCAAACCCAUGGCAACCAAACGCAGCUUCCCCGAUAGCUUCAUUGACGAAGAUCCACAGAAAGCUCUGGAGGAACUUAAUGAGGCCUUGCAAGGAGACUCUGACAACGCUGAGUGCUUUUGCCAGCGUGCCUAUGUCCACAUACUUCUCAAAAACUACAGCUGCGCUGUUGAUGAUGCCAAAAAAGCUCAUCUGCUAAAACCCAGCCUUCCCCUUGCUUUUAUGCGAACAGGAAUAGCAGAAUACCAUCUGAACCACUUUGAGUCGGCACAUGCAGCUUUCACUCAGGGACACCAACUGGAUGUUUCUGAGAAAUCAUUUGAGAUAUGGAUCGAGCGGUGCGAGGAGAUGAUGGAGGAGCAGACGCAGAUCGGCAGCGGCAACAGGACACCAGCGGCGCCACCUGUGAAACAUGACUGGUACCAAACAGACUCUCAAGUCAUUGUCACAGUCAUGGCAAAACAUGUACCCAAGGACGGUGUGUGUGUCAACUUCAUGGAAAAAGAGCUCUCUGCCACGAUACAGCUGGCAUCAGGGGAGAACUACAACCUCAACCUCCACCUCCUGCACCCCACCGUCACUCAACAGAGCAACUUCAAGAUCCUCACCACCAAGGUGGAGUUCAAGAUGAAGAAGGCCGAUGCCAUCAGAUGGGAGAAGCUGGAGGGAGAAGGGCAGGAGUCCAACAUCAAACACUUCAAUCCAAAUGAGCACCCAUCAUCGUCUCAAGACGCCGGCAAAUGGGACAAGAUAGUGGUGGGCAUCAGCGAGGAGGAGAAAAGUGAGAAGCUGGAGGGAGACGCGGCGCUCAACAAGCUCUUCCAACAGAUCUACUGCGAUGGCUCAGACGAGGUCAAACGAGCCAUGAACAAGUCCUUUAUGGAGUCCGCUGGUACAGUCUUGAGCACCAACUGGGUAGAUGUGGGCAAGAGAAAAGUGGAGAUGAGCCCACCGGACGACGCUGACUUCAAGAAGUACUGAGCACCUCUCUCCCUCUCUCUCUCCCCCCCCCCUCUCUCCCUCUCUCUUUCUCUCCCCCCUCUCUCUCUCUUUCUCUCUCUCCCCCCCUCUCUCUCUCUUUCUCUCUCUCCCCCCACUCUCUCUCUCUC